AUGUCUCUUCCGAAAACGUCCUCCACAUCGCUAAACUCCGCGUCAACAUCUGAGGGCAAAAAGUUAAAAGUGUCUGUAGCCAAGGAAGAGACAAGAGGACUUCCUGAGCUAAGGGAGAAAAAAAAUAUGAUGGAUCGUUCAAAACCCCUUCCUACUUCCCUUCAGAAUGAGUUCAUACCUGAGGAAGUUCUUCUUUCUUUGACCUAUGCAGCCAAUACUGGUCCUUGUCCUGAAAACUUACUGCCUCCUAAGAAAAUUAAAACUCCAAAGGGUACUCUUCCACGCCCUGUAGACCAUGUCUGGCAUCACCCUACACGAAGGAAUAAAUUCCAGUACCUGAUUGACCAUCCUGUCUCCCUAACUGGAGCUGGAAGGGAUAUUUCUUUCCUGUAUGAUGUUAAAUAUGUAAAAGGGGAGACUAGGGAGAAUACAGUUUGUCCCCCAUAUUCUGACCAUUCAUUACAGCCACAUGAUGGUGUCAUUGUGCCUCAUAAGCCAAAGACCCUAACGGAUACUUUGAUUCCUGAAGAAUUUCAUAUUGUGUCAAGUACAGGAGUUACAGGUUUAGAGUAUUAUGAUGACAAGUAUACUACUCUCCUCACAGAUAGUGAAAACAGGCUAUUGCUCUUCCCAUCCAUGAAGCCUAAUAAAAGAGUAGAAGUGGUCCAGCUGAAUGAUGUGAUGGAGACUAUGCUAGAGAGGGCUGGUGUGGAAAAUCAGGAAUAUGCAGGACCAACCAAGAUGCACAAACUACUGCAUAUAUUGAAGAAAGAACAGACCAUUUACAAUACCGUAUUUCAUGAACUGAUCCGACAAGUCAGUGUGGACUGUGCAGAGAGAGGAGAACUACUGUCCAAAAUCAGAGAGAGGUAUGUACAAAUGAUUGACCAGAUUGCCCGGCAGAUGAUUGACUUCUACAAGGACUUGGUAACUCAGCGAAUGAUUGACCAGCGGAUUUUAGAAGAAUUGUAUAAUUUCAAGCAUGUUAUUGAAGAACUGACUAGGGAACUGUGUUUGGUUCAGGCACAUGACGUGAAAUUAACAAAGGAAGCAGAGAAGGCCCACAAGGAUUUGGCACAAGCUCUUUUAGAUGCAGAAAAGAAUGCCAAAAUUGUAGAAGAAUACCAUGACUUAUACACAUUACAAAGAGGAAGGAUGGAGAAUGAUAUUAAACAGUUAAUGGCAGAAAGAGAUAUCUGGAGCUCAGCCACAUAUGAAUUGGCCCUAAAGCUAAUUGAAAGAAACAGAGUCAUACUGGCUAAAAGACUUUAUAUCAGUGAAAAAGGCUGGAGUAAAUAUACUAAGUAUUUCAUUAUACUGCUAUCAACUAAGGACACUGCAGACCUUACACUGUUACAGAAGUUGACAGAGAAAUGGAGAAACUUAGUGAAUAAAUUUAAGCAGGAGGUAGAACAAACUGAAGAGUUUAUGAUGGAGAAAUUGCAAAUUGUAAAGGAUGGACUUAUUAAAUGGCAGCAGUUCUUCAGAAAUAAUAAUGAAAGAGACAUUUUAUCCUCUAAUAAAGGAAAUAUAUUCACUUCAAUUUUUUCAGAUUUCAAGCAGUGGCAGAAGAUACUGCAAGAGGAAAAUGAAAAGUUUACUGGGGAUGCUCUAUUAUCAAAAUAUGAUGCUCUCAAGAUUAUGAAACAUUUACAGGAAAACUGGCUAGAUAUUGGACUUGGGAUGUUUGUUCGCCAUAAAAGUAUAGAGGGGAAGAUGCCAACAGAGCACCAAUACAUGGAGGAAAUUAUCAAAAGCAUAAGAAGACUCUACAAAGAAUAUGAAAUAAGAAUAAAUGGGGACAAUGGUACCUCUAAAAUUCUUCCAAGUUUGAUUAGUUCUAUUGAGUUCUGUUCUUUCAAGCUGGAAAACCUUCUGGAGAUUCCUGAUAUACCUCCUGAAGAAUGGGAGAUAGUUAAUGAAAAACUUAAGGAAAUGACAUCUCAGUUGGAUGCAGUGUUAGACAUUAUAGGUGGUGUUCCACAGUGCAUGGAUGUGGAUUCUGGCUCGGUACUUCAAGCACACGUAUUUAACAUGAUUCAACAGUGGCUUUUGAAGACAGGCAAUGAAAUUAACAACAGUAACAUUGAACUUCAGCGCCAGAUGGAUGAAUUGCAUAUAUCUAUGAUCCAAUGGAUGGUAAAUUUGCUGAUUUUAAUGAUACCAGACUUUACUGACCAAUAUACUCUCCCACGGUUGGAGGAGGAAAAUGCUGAGAAACAUGAUAUAGGAGUUGCAAAAUUAGAACUAGACGCAAUUGCGCUGACAAGAAAGUUGUUCCAAUACUCCAACUACUUGAACAGUUGUUGCAAAGGGAUGGUAACAGCAAUGGCUCUGAGUAAAGCAGCUCACUCACAGAAACAUCCUACUAAGGAACUUCUUGAGCUGAAUAGGAUGAAGAGAGAAUGUUAUGAGUGGAUCAACACAUGUUCUCACCUCCUUUCUGAUAUCAAAGGCAGAGAAAUGAAGUUAUUGGCAUACAAAGAAAUAGAACAUCUACUUGGAGAGGAGGAAGCUGACAGAGAAUUCACUGAGCCUGAAAUAGAUGAGCCUUUCAAAGAUGAUGAAGAAGAAAGUAAGGAGGAUAAGAAAUAUCAAGAGGAAAAGGAAGAGGAAAAAGCAGAAGAGAAACCUUCAACACCUACAGAGAAGGAAAAACUCAUUCGAUUCAUUGGAAAAGAUGAAAAUGUUCAUUCUAAACCUCUAUACGAAACAGAUGUAUUGUCUUCCUGGAGAGAAUUAGCUAGCCAAGGUACAAUGGCCCCAAAGUGUCUUGAAGCAAUGGCUGUAAUUGAACAUAUGCAGCAGAAGUUAAUAGAGGUUGAAAGCAGAGCCAGAGAGGCAGAGGAGAAGUUUGAGGAUGUAAAUGAGAAACUUCAUUAUACUCUUAUAAAAAAUAAAGAUCUGGAAAAGGAACUAGAGGUAAUACACAUGACGUCUAUAAAGGAGGAUUCUGAAAGAGAAGUAGAAGAAAAUGAAAGAGAAGAAGGAAAAAAAGAAGAGGAAGAAGAGGAAAGAGAGGAAGAAGUAAGGCCAGCAGAAAGUUCCUCAAAAUCUCUAAGGAAAGUGAUACCACGCAAGGAGAGUGCUCUCAACGUUAAAUCCAGAAUCCAGACUAAAUCCAGUCACAAGAUGAAACGCAAGUAG